AUGACGCAGAUGUCCGAUAGCAAGUCAACGGGGGGUGUACUUCAGAUUUCUGCAGCUGCAACGCAGAAGAAUGCAUCAACAGCCUCCAAGAGGGGUCCGAAGCCAGCUGGUCCACGACUCAAAUUGCUCGUGAGACGGUUACCGCCGGGUUUAUCUCAAUCCGAGUUCGAAAAUGCGCUGGGCUCCGAGUGGAUGGCUGGAGCAGGAAGAGUCGACUGGUACCAGUAUAAGCCCGGCAAGGUAUCCAAAGACCAUGCCAAACCUUCCAGACCCUCCCGCGCCUACAUCCACGUUACAUCCAGCGAGCAUAUUGCGCCUCUAUCAGAUAAAGUUCGACAGACAUCGUUCCUAGACGCUCGAAAUACCUUCAAUGAUCCCGUGCUGCUGGGGCCGCCGUCUCUAGAGUUCGCCCCCUACGCCAAAAUUCCUGGUAGCCGUGUACGGAAGGAUGCCCGCCAGGGGACCAUUGAUCAGGAUCCCGAAUUCAUCGCCUUCCUCGAAAGUCUGACUCAGCCUAUUACAAAACCUGCCACGGUCGAAACUCCUACCGAUGCCGAAGAAAAGAAGGAAACGGUGACCACUACGCCUCUCGUGCAGUAUAUCAAGGAAAAGAAGGCCAACAAAGCAAAAGAGGCUUCCAGCAAGUCCUCGAGGCAUGCAAAGGGCGAGAAGGAGUCCAAGUCGGAGAAGGUACAAGCGAAGAAACUUUUGCAACGGCCGGACAAGGAUGUCGCCCAGGCGCCGACAGGAGAAAAGGCAGAGAAAAAGCCCAGGGCCUCAGACAAGGCGACAAAAGAAGCAGUGAAAGCAGCAAACAGGGCUGCCAAUGCUGCUGCUAAGCAAGUCUCUAAACCAGCAGCGACCCAAAAUAUAAGCAAAGAUAGUCCUCAGCCUGUUCCAACUGAACGGAAACGCGAGCGUAAUAACAUCGCUGCGGCAGCCAAGAUUCUUCAGCGAGACUUGGGGCUUGCACCUUCAGGCGGCCGUCGGAGGGCUGGUAAGGGUGCUUCUACCGAGACGGACACGAGCAUGAAAGAGCCGGACGCUGCUGCCGCUGCUGCUCCAGAUACUGGCAAGAAGGAUAUCAAGUCUGGGAAACCCGCGUCACCAUCGCAACAAGGGGCUUUAAAGAGCAAAGCCAACGCUACCCCUCCGUCCGGCGAGCCUGCGUCGUCUCGUGCUCAGCCUGGUCCGAACGCACCUCCUACUAGCGCUCCAUCCGCACCGAAGCAGUCGAAAUCAGCCAAAGGCAAGCCAGCCACGCCAAUUACCUCACCUACGGCUACGCAGGCAUUCCUCAAGCACGCCAAUCCAUCACAAGGGGUUACGGAACCAUUACUUGAAACUGCAUUUGCAUCUUUUGGAAAGAUCUUGAAGGUGGAGAUUGACAAAAAGAAGGGAUUUGGCUACGUCGACUUUGCAGAACCGGAUGGUCUUCAGAAAGCAAUUGCCGCGAGUCCUGUCUCGGUCGCGCAGAGUCAAGUCGUCGUGCUUGAACGCAAGAUAAAUCCUGGUGCAGAAAAGGGUCGCGGCAAGGGUCGCAGCGAGCAUCCCGCCCCUGUUAAUGGCAGCAGCAACAACAGCAAUCGUGGUGCCAAGCAGGGCUCAGAAGGGGGAUCUGGACCAGGAACACCAUCUUCGUCUCGUGGACCGCGUGGUGGUCGUGGAUCCAGGAACAAGGGCAGUUCGAAGAGCAACGGAGCAAAUGCCAGUGGGAAGACCGGUGGGGAGGCGAAAUGA